AAGGCUGGUGUUGCAUCCACGUGGGUCUACUCCAGGAACUAGGUGAAAAGCACAUCAUGGGGAAGAAUAAAAAGACUAAAGAAGCCACGGUAACACAGAAAAAUGACAAACAUCAGAGGAAAAAGCCAAAGCAGAAUGACAAGCCCAGGCAGAACGAACACUUCGAGCAGAUACCUUUUCGACUGCGGGAAAUCAUGAAGAGCAAAGAGAGGAUGAAAAUGGGCAACAUGCAAAAGAAGAAGAUUAAGAAAAACUUGGCCGCUAAACCUCAGGAAGGAGACAUACCUGUGCCACAUUUCCGCAGAAAAGAGACCGAGUCGGAAAAGGCCUUCUUGAGGCGUGUGGGGCGAGAGACCAACCACGUCAGGUUCCUCACGAAGAACCAGGUGGAAAGACAGCCAGAAGUAGAGCUGGAGAAACAAGAGCACGAAGCUGGGAAACGAAAGUCUGAAAAGAAAAAAGAACAUGCUCAGGGCAGGCUACAGAGACUCCAUCAGAAGAAGCUGGAACGACGGGAGGACAUGGAAGAAAAAGAGAUGUUUGAAGAUCAUGUGCAGUUUGGAGAAGUUGCCAUGGCUCCACCUUCACUGAGUUCGAAACCACGGAAGGCCCCAACCAAGACCAAGGGGUCAUCCCAAGGGCUGCUGCUGACCUCCCUGCUGGGCCAGACCAGCGUCUCUGGGGUGAAGCCAUCCAUGGCGAGGCAGAGGAUCAUGGAGGAAGAGCGGGUGCGCGUGGUGGCCGCCUACCGACACCUGAAGAAACAGAAGCAGGAGCAGAACGCCCUGAAAGCCGCCAGCGUGGACAAGCUGCUGAACCCACAGUGAGCGGCACUCGUGGUGCCUGGCGGGUACGUUGUCAUCUGUCCCUGUGGAGUGCAGCACAUAAGCAGCAGCAGCAGCAUCCCCGCUAAUGACCUCAGGGAGCGAGAGGAAGAGCGUGGAGCUGGGGGGUGACGUCGCGUGAGUGAUUGAAACAUGGCGUACAGGGACUCCAGGUCCAGUGCAUGACACCCUGGGGGGCGGUGGCACAGGACGGACGACAGUGGAUUAUGAACAGGUGCUCUGUGUGAGAGUGCUGCCUUUGGGGUAUUGAUAUGGACUGAUAUCUCAAGGAUAUGUCUCACUCAGGGCAGCAGAUGUGAAGCCAUUUUUUAUUGCUGUUCUUUGACAUUGUUAUAAAUGUCACAUUUCUGCCCAUUGGACCUCUUCUCGGAGCAUCAAAUGAAUGUCCAGUUGUCUUUUACUCUGUAUGUUUGACUGUCCUGACCUGGAUGAAUGAGUACCAUCUGACAGACUCUCUGAUAGACCAUCUGAUGGCCAUUCUCUGCCAUUUCUACUACCUCUUGCCCUUUUAAUAAACAGACUAGUGAAAACAGUGGCCUGGGGAAGAUGUUUGAGGCCAGAAGUGUGGAAAUUAAGUCAAACAAAAAGGGUUUAAGUCUGAAAAUAUUUUUUCCAGUUCUGUUAAUGUCUGACCAAUUUAAAAAAACAGACUUCAGAACAAGUGCAGAGAGUGAUAAAGUGAUAAGGUUGUCCACCAGGUGGCAUUUAGAUCAGCAAGCUAUCAUGUUAUGGAGUCUGCAUGGGGGAUGAUAAUGUUUCAACCACAUCACUAGAAGAUUAUGCAGCGGCUCCAAAAGGAAAACGGAUUCUCAGAGAUUGUGUCGUGCUUUUGGAAAUCUUGUGAUGUGUAAGCUGAAAAUAGUGUUUUUGCAAUAAAUGAUCAAAACAUAA